AUGACCUCUGUCAUGCCCCCCGUCCCUGCAAAGGACGAUGUUCAAGCCACGCUCGUCGCUCCCGGUCCCGCUACCGUCACUACGACGACUGCAUGGUGGAAAUAUCUCGAAGCUGGCGUGGACAAAAUCAUGACGAACCUCCGCGGCGGUAUGGACAUGAAGACGUACAUGGGCCUGUACACGGCCAUUCACAACUUCUGCACCGCCCAGAAAGCAGUCGCAGGCACGUCUUUUCAGAAUGCCAACAACCGGGGUGGAGCCCAUCUUCUGGGUGAGGAUCUCUAUCAACACCUCAUCGAAUACCUCAAGGCGCAUCUGGCAGGUGUCCAGGCCGAGUCGAAGCAGCAUGUCGACGAGGCGCUCCUCACCUUCUACAUCAAGGAGUGGAACCGAUACACGACGGCGGGCCAAUACAACAAUCACUUGUUCCGGUACCUAAAUCGUCAUUGGGUAAAGCGCGAGAUGGAUGAGGGAAAGAAGCACAUUUACGACAUAUACACACUGCAUCUCGUUCGAUGGAAGGAGGACAUGUUCACCGGCACACAGGAGAGCGUCAUGCGGUCGGUCUUGAAGCUGGUUGAGAAACAGCGCAACGGCGAGACGAUUGAGCAGUCGCACAUCAAGUCCGUCGUGGACUCGUUUGUGUCGUUGGGUCUUGAUGAAGCCGACAGCUCCAAAUCGACGCUGGACGUCUACAAGGAACACUUUGAGAAGCCAUUCCUCGCGGCCACUGCGGAAUACUAUGACAACGAGUCGAAGCAGUUUCUGGCGGAGAACAGCGUGGUGGAGUACAUGAAGAAGGCCGAGGCUCGUCUCGAGGAAGAAAAGGAGCGUGUCCCACUAUACCUGCUCAACGAAAUCAUGUCUCCCUUGAUGCGAACAUGCGAACAGUCUCUGAUUACGAACCAUUCACAGGCUCUUCGGGAAGAGUUCCAGAUUCUGCUCGAUCAAGACAAACAGGAGGACCUUGGCCGGAUGUACAAGCUGCUCGCCCGUAUCCCAGAAGGCCUCGACCCUCUGCGGCAGCGGUUCGAGACUCAUGUGCGCAAGGCAGGCUUGAGCGCAGUCGACAAGAUUGCGCAGGACGGUGGAGAGCUGGAGCCAAAGGUCUACGUCACAGCGCUGCUCGAGGUCCACACGCAAUAUCAGGAUUUGGUCAACAAGGCAUUCAACGGAGAAUCCGAGUUUGUCCGCUCUCUCGACAAUGCCUGCCGCGAGUUUGUCAAUCGAAACAAGGUCUGCAAGUCAGGCUCCAACAAGUCGCCUGAGCUGCUCGCCAAAUACACCGACACGCUUCUGAAGCGCUCUAGUGCCAAGAUGAGUGAAGAGGACGACAUGGAGAAGUUGUUGGCACAGAUUAUGACGGUCUUCAAGUACAUUGAAGACAAGGACGUCUUCCAGAAGUUCUAUUCUCGCAUGUUGGCGAAGCGUCUAGUGCAGACCACUUCGGCCUCUGACGAUGCGGAAACCAGCAUGAUCAGCAAGCUCAAGGAGGCAUGUGGGUUUGAAUACACCAACAAGCUUCAGCGCAUGUUCCAAGACAUGCAGAUUUCCAAGGACCUCAACGCCGCGUACAAGGAGUGGAUGCAGGCCAAUCUUGACGAGGAAGAUCGCAAGACGGCCGUAGACGCGUCCUACCACAUCUUGGGCACCGGCUUCUGGCCCUUGAACCCACCUACCACGCCGUUUACCCCCCCACAACUGAUUGUCCAGACUUACGACCGUUUUGCCCGCUUCUACAACCACAAGCACCAGGGCCGAAAGCUGACUUGGCUAUGGCAAUUGUGCAAGGGUGAAGUUCGCGCCAACUAUUGCAAGGUCUCUGGUGUGAAGACGUCGCCUACGUUUCAAGUGUCCACCUACCAGAUGGCCAUUAUGCUACUGUUCAACGACAGCGAGACGGUCACGUAUGACGAGAUUGCCGAGACUACCGGCUUGAACAAGGAGACUCUUGAUCCCUCGCUCGGCGUCUUCAUCAAGGCCAAGGUCCUGCUUGCACAGCCAGAAGGCGCCAAGCCCGAGUCUGGCACCACCUACAAGCUCAACACGGGCUUCAAGACGAAGAAGGUCAAGAUGAAUCUGAACAUUGGCAUCAAGUCUGAGCAAAAGGCAGAGGCAGAGGAUACGCACAAGACUAUUGAGGAGGACCGAAAGCUACUCAUGCAGUCGGCCAUUGUGCGCAUCAUGAAGUCUCGCAAGAAGAUGAAGCACCAACAGCUCGUGUCGGAAACGAUUCAACAAAUCAAGAAUCGCUUCAUGCCCCGCAUUCCCGAUAUCAAAAAGUGCAUCGACAUUUUGCUCGAAAAGGAAUACCUCGAGCGUCUCGAGGGCGACGAGAUUGGCUACCUGGCUUGA